AAGAAAAUGUCAGUCAGCAUGCAUGAAAAUCGCAAAUCUAGGGCCAGUACUGGCUCCAUAAACAUAUACUUGUUCCACAAGUCAUCCUAUGCUGAUAGUGUCCUUACUCACCUGAACCUUCUGCGUCAACAGCGUCUCUUUACAGAUGUACUUCUCCAUGCUGGGAACAGGUCAUUCCCCUGCCACAGAGCUGUUCUAGCUGCUUGUAGCCGCUAUUUCGAAGCCAUGUUCAGUGGAGGACUGAAGGAGAGCCAGGACAGUGAAGUCAACUUUCAUAAUUCGAUUCAUCCGGAAGUCUUGGAGCUUCUUCUGGACUAUGCGUAUUCUUCCAGGGUUAUCAUCAAUGAGGAGAACGCAGAGUCACUGCUGGAGGCUGGUGACAUGCUGGAGUUUCAGGACAUUCGUGAUGCUUGUGCAGAAUUUCUGGAGAAAAACCUUCAUCCCACUAACUGUCUCGGCAUGCUGCUGCUGUCGGAUGCUCACCAGUGCACCAAGCUGUAUGAACUCUCUUGGAGGAUGUGCCUGAGCAACUUCCAGAGUAUCAGUAAAAGCGAAGACUUCCUCCAGCUGCCAAAAGACAUGGUAGUGCAGCUGCUUUCCAGUGAAGAAUUAGAAACUGAAGAUGAAAGGCUGGUGUAUGAAUCGGCUAUCAGCUGGGUCAACUAUGACCUGAGUAAGCGUCACUGUUACCUUCCCGAGCUAUUGCAGACGGUGAGACUGGCCCUCUUGCCAGCCAUAUACCUUAUGGAGAAUGUGGCCAUGGAAGAACUUAUCACCAAGCAAAGGAAAAGCAAAGAGAUUGUAGAAGAAUCCAUAAGAUGCAAGUUAAAGAUCUUACAGAAUGAUGGAGUAGUCACUAGUUUGUGUGCCAGACCCCGUAAAACUGGCCAUUCACUUUUUCUUUUGGGUGGCCAAACCUUUAUGUGUGACAAGCUGUAUCUGGUGGACCAAAAGGCAAAGGAGAUCAUUCCAAAGGCCGACAUACCAAGUCCACGGAAAGAAUUCAGCGCUUGUGCCAUAGGCUGCAAAGUGUAUAUCACCGGGGGACGAGGGUCAGAAAACGGAGUUUCCAAAGACGUAUGGGUGUAUGACACCCUUCACGAGGAGUGGUCGAAGGCUGCUCCGAUGCUGGUAGCUAGGUUUGGGCAUGGCUCUGCUGAACUUAAGCACUGUUUGUAUGUCGUGGGAGGACACACUGCAGCAACUGGUUGCCUUCCAGCUUCCCCUUCAGUGUCCCUAAAGCAAGUAGAACAAUAUGACCCUGUGACCAACAAAUGGACCAUGGUUGCCCCACUGCGAGAGGGAGUAAGCAAUGCAGCUGUAGUCAGCGCAAAGCUUAAGCUGUUUGCUUUUGGAGGUACCAGCGUUAGCCAUGACAAGCUGCCCAAAGUUCAGUGCUACGAUCAGUGUGAAAACAGAUGGACAGUACCCGCCACCUGCCCCCAGCCCUGGCGCUACACAGCUGCAGCUGUUCUGGGUAACCAGAUUUUUAUUAUGGGUGGAGAUACCGAAUUCUCUGCAUGCUCUGCUUAUAAAUUCAACAGUGAGACAUACCAGUGGACUAAGGUGGGAGAUGUGACAGCUAAGCGAAUGAGCUGCCAUGCAGUGGCAUCUGGAAAUAAAUUGUACGUGGUUGGAGGUUACUUUGGCAUUCAGAGGUGCAAAACGUUGGACUGCUACGAUCCCACGUUAGAUGUAUGGAACAGCAUAACAACUGUGCCCUAUUCAUUAAUUCCCACGGCAUUUGUCAGCACAUGGAAGCACCUCCCCUCAUAAUUGUGUGUAUGUUGCAAUUAAAAAUUAUCAGUUUACUCCUUUAUUUGGAGAAGAGAAUUGGAACCUCAGAUCUGGAGAAACGGUUUUAAUGAAGAAAAAUUGUUCAGCAUCUCUUGCAUUUGAAGAAAAUCAUCUGCACCUUGUAAAUUAUCGAACCUAGACAUGAAGGAAUGGGAGGGGAAAAAAAUGUCUUCAGUGCUUCAGCACGUGGUUUAAAGAUGAAUGGAUGAACCUAUGAUCUAGUCCUUGUGCUAGUAAUUGUGGAUUAAUGCCAAUAUUAAUCAGUCCUUCAGA